GUGCGCGCCACGUGAAUGGAGCUUGCUGUUACAAAGAUCUGCAUGGGUGCCAAUCACAAAAUCCAAUGCCAGUUCAUGGCGACGGUAUGAUGACACCUCACAAGUUGCGGGAGAGCUCAGACGCUUGGAUGAUCUUGGCGAGGGGCCACGCACAUUGCCUGCUGUCUGAAGACUUGUUGAAAAAGUGACGGGGCAUGUGAUACUGAGUGGUAUCAUGUUGUGAACCAACAGCACAUUUGCUCAGCGUGAUACAGACAUUGGUAUUUCCAUAGUGCAAGGAAUCCCAGCGCACUUUUCGUUUCAUUUCCUGUUUAUCCUUCUGAACUAUUACUUUCGUUACCAAAUUAUAGAUGAAGUGUUCGACUGUCUAGGUACACCAGUAACAAACUUGAUUACGUUGAUCAUCAUGGACUUCUUUACGAGGCAUUGUCCAUUGUCUGAUUAGCCAGCGAAUUAACGUCGCGUGAGCUGAAGGGAUUUGCAGAGCAGAGUCCUUCCUUUGAGUCCACCAACUGGCUCGAAUCGAGUAAGCAGUACAACAGCACGCAGUACGCACACCAUACAAUCUAGGGCAUGGAUCCUACAAUGAACAUGACGUCAUUAGGCAUUCACCCGACAGACGGGCUGCAAGAUGCAAAUUUGAGAUACCAGACUGAACUACCAGUUAAUGACACGGGACAAGAAAAUUAUUACGACCACGACGCAUGGUUUCGAUAUUACCUGGAAAAGUAUCUGACUAUUUCCUGCUACGCCAUAGCGAUGGCAAUUGGUACCAUAGGCAACGUCAUAGUUGUCUACACCAUUUGGAGGUGUCGUCAUCUUCACACGGUCAUGUAUACUUUGCUAGGAAGCCUCUGUGUGGCUGAUCUUAUUAUGUUGGUUCUAGUACUGCCAUGGAAACUCAACGUUUUGUUCGUACACGGACAUUUUCCCUAUGGGGAUUUCAUGUGCCGUGCCCCAGUCUAUUUGCACCUGCUGUCCGCUGUCAGCUCAGUUUUCCACCUUACAGCCAUCAGCUUGGAGCGAUGCUAUGCCGUUAAGUUCCCUUUGAAGUCUCGUACCGUGCUGACAAUAGGAAACGCCUACAAGAUUGUGGUCUUUGUAUGGACGACCUCAAUACUGUCUAGUAUUCCCGCUAUCUUUUCCGUGGGCACCAAGAAUUUUGUUGACGCAAUUGGGCCUUAUGUGGUCUGUGACAGGUUAUGGACUGAUGUACCACUCCAGGUUUACGCGCUCUACCAGUUUUUCCUGGUACUCGCCUGUCCAAUGAUUCUGAUAACAGGGGCCUAUGCCUUCAUUAUGCAUACGCUAUGCACCCGCCAGGUACCAAGCGAGAGCACCAAAUCUAGUGCAAUGGCCAUGAGCCAUUCACGCAAGUACCAGGCUGGCACUACGCACAACGGACACACCAAGACUGGCUCGGUGCAUGUGGUGAAUGGAACGCAGAAACUGAAUCAUAAAUCAGCUAAGAGUAAGGAGGCAGAAAUCAGACAGAUGACCAUAAUGCUUGUAGUGGUGAUCGUCGUCUUUGCAGUCUGCUGGGGUCCCACUGUGACAUUUGCUGUCCUCAAAAGAUUUGAUGUAAUUGAUACCACACUCAGCGACCCUUUGAGGCUGACAGACAAGAUCUUCAAUUUAAUGAGUUUCUUGAACAGCGCCAUGAAUCCACUCAUCUACGCCUUGGUAUCGGCCAGUUUUCGCCAUAGUUGUCGUUGGGCCUUAAAGGUUUGCUUUAAGUCUCCUUCUGUGCGGCGGAGGCCAAGCAACAUGUCACGAGCAACGACUGUCAGCCGUUUUGGUAUGAGCCAAGGAGGUGGCUCAACUGUCGUUGAUAGUGUCAGUGGGUCAUCCGUGUGCGCUACAGAAAGAGUUUAAACUAUUGUAAAGAUGGAAGGGAAAAAGGCAAUUUAGCAGAUUCCGACACGAUCUACUGAUAGGUCUUGGAAUAUUAUCAUUUCAGUUAAUAUAGAAUUGGGAGUUGUACAAACUGAUACAUGUAGUGCGUAUGAAAGUCAAAUAUAUCGCCAACAACCAUGAACUCUGCAGACCUAUAUUGAGUUUGAAACUUAAUGACACAAAGAAGUGAGAGACAAAAGGAAAAUGUCUGGAGGUUUUUGUUUGAAACAUGAAUGAAAGAGUGAGACGACUUGCAAAAACAACUAAGUUAAUGUUAGGACCUUUUUAGAGUGUCUGCUUUGAAUAACCGGAAACAAAGUACUACAGUAAGAGCCAUGGGCUUUUGUGAAGCAUUGCACGACUGACUUAGAAUGUGUAAAAGAAAAACCCUAUCGUAGAUCAGAUUUCCAUCAAUCAGGUUUAACAGUAAUGAGAGCGCACCGAUGAAUGUGUGAUCUAUCAAAUUUUGUUUAUGCCUGAAAUAAUAAUGAGGAAUAUUAUAUGUGAAUCGUAGUACUCGGCAUGCAUGCCGAAAUAACUCUUUCUUGUGUCUGAUUUCUGCAAAAUUUCAGCUUCGUAGAGUUAACGUCGUUGAGUUAGAAUAACUGUUCUUCAGGCUUGGACUGCUCUUCAUACUCACCUGUAAAAAGACUUGUAUGAACUCUAUGAUUUCUUGACAAUUACACCGUGGCUAGAGGUGUGAAAAAGGGAGGUUCAUCUGAUCAAAAACUAGGCAAACUGCGUCACCAAGCACGGUACGCACGUGCAUUUAGUGACGGAAAUAGUCAUUUGCAACCAAAAUUGAUCACUUGCUGAUAUCAAUCGAAAUUAGCGAAAACAAAUUGUGGCAAAGUGUUUAGCUUCGGUCCAAAUGAAGUCAAGGUCGUUCUGUAUGACGCAAUUACUUCAUUCAACUGGAAAAACAGCAGCAAUCCUUUUUCAUUUUAAUUUUAUUAGUCAGGAAGCAGGCCAGUUCCAGCAGGGCACGCGCGCGCGAGCUUGUCAAAUGAACAGCGACCGUGAACACAGUCGAUGUUUGCUUCGCGAACCAGCAGGUUAUUUCCUCUUGACCCGAUCAACACCCGUCGUAAAAGGGCACUGUACAAAGUGACCACUUAUCUUUCUAUUUCUUUGGUAUGCAGAAUAAAACUAUCCAGGACUCAAAUGGGUGCUUAGUAAACGUGUGAAUUGUGCAUUUCUAUGAGCCUAAAAUGCCGAACUCAAAAGUAACCAAUGUUAUUUUGUAAAUGAAUUGAGUUCGAAAAGUACGUUCAGAGGACGACAGGAGGUAAGUAAUGGAUUUUGUGGGGGGUUUUUGUGACGGACGUCUUACUAGAGACUUCCUUUAUGGAAAUAAAAAACUUGGAAGAAGUUUCUAACCGUAAUGGUAACAAGGCACACCGAGAAUCUGUAAGAUUUAUGUAGGUAUAUCGUGCGACAUAAAGGAACAAGGCAAGGAAUUUUCUUUUUUGUGUAUCUCUGUACUCUUAUUCCAUGUAUGAAGACUGUUUGACAUCUUUUUUUAAGGUA